CAGAGGCCACUAGUUGAGUGCGGCAAGUUCAAGAUCGGAACGUUUCAGGACAUUUGAAAUUCGAACUAUUCUCUAUAUUUAUUCUGUUUAAUUUGGCGCGAUUUUUUUGUCUGUGUUAUUUGAUUGAUGACACUUUUUUGUGUUUUCUGAGUGAGUGUUCGGUGCAUUGGCUAUUUUUUCGAGCCUUAUUUUGCACGUAUGAAUAUUGGGAAUAAGAAAUGUGACCAAAGAAAAUGGACUCACGGUGGCAGAUAUGGCGUGUCGAGGGUUUCCUGUUGAAAGUGGAUACAAAGAUUUGAGACAUGCCUAAACAUAAAAUAGAAUAAAAUGGAGUUCAAUUAUGUAACUCCGACUAAUGCGGUGAUAGAAACGAAUGAAACGAACGUAGAAUACGAAGACGCCGAAGAUCCGGAUGCAGUCACUCUCCUGUCGAUACUAGUAGUUGGUAUAUUUCUAUCUCUCCUCAUAUUUGUGAGUGCGGCGGGGAAUAUCCUUGUUUGCAUCGCGAUAUACACCGAUCGGGGAUUGAGAAGAAUUGGGAACUUAUUUCUUGCCUCGUUGGCAAUCGCUGAUAUGUUGGUGGCCGCUGCUGUAAUGACAUUCGCCGGUGUAAACGACUUGCUUGGGUACUGGGUAUUUGGCGAACAAUUCUGUGAUACGUGGGUGGCGUGUGACGUCAUGUGCUCCACCGCGUCGAUUCUAAACCUCUGCGCCAUAUCACUUGAUAGAUAUAUUCAUAUUAAAGACCCUUUGAGAUAUGGCCGUUGGGUAACCCGUAAAGUGGCAAUCAUCACCAUCGUUCUAAUAUGGUUGCUAGCGGUGAUGGUCAGCUUCCUUCCCAUCUCCUUGGGAUUGCAUAGACCGCCUGAUGAGACUGUGACAACAACUGAGAGCCCCCCACAAUACCCCACGUGUGCCCUGGUUCUAACACCCACCUACGCUGUGGUGUCAAGCUGUAUAUCUUUUAUCCUGCCGUGCAUCGUGAUGAUUAGUAUAUACUGCAGAUUAUACUGCUACGCCCAAAAGCACGUGAAAUCAAUCCGGGCGGUUACUCGUACGGUUCAGCUACCGGAUAACCGGACGAAGUCCGUCCGUACCCGGGUACAUACACACGUACAUUCUUCCCCAUACCACGUGUCUGAUCAUAAGGCAGCCAUCACCGUUGGUAUCAUUAUGGGAGUGUUUCUACUCUGCUGGGUUCCCUUCUUCUGUGUUAAUAUCGUUGCUGCGUUCUGCAAGACUUGCAUACCAGAUCUCGCUUUUAAAAUUCUAACGUGGCUCGGGUACUCCAAUUCAGCAUUCAACCCAAUCAUCUACUCAAUAUUCAAUACAGAAUUCCGGGAGGCCUUUAAAAAGAUCCUAACCUCAAGAUAUCCGCCAUGUUGUGGCUAUCAAACGGUUCGCGCCAACACACCAACGAGAAAUGACAACUUCGUCACAGACUAUGGAACUAAGACACUCGUCGUCAGACGCAGUGGUUCUCUGGGACUUUCUGGGGUCGACCCAACACCUAGAUCUUCUGCGGAGUCAGUCAAGCCCCUACGAGAAUACCACAUUUGACAAGAAGAUGGGAGUAGUAAUAAUGGGCUACUCGAUA